GGGGCGGCUGCGGCCAGCGCUGGAGAAAGGCGGCGGCGGCGGCGCCGGGGCGGGCGCCCGGCCUCCAUUCAUCCGUCCAUCCAUCGAUCGGCGGCCGCGGCAGUGAAACUGCACGCUUUGGAUGAUGGUAGUACCUGGAAAUGCUCCAGUCAUACAGCAGGAUCGUGCCCUGGAGCCUGAUUUAGGGCGAGACUCCACAGAGAACUCCGCCAUGGGCCCUGACACGGCGCUGGCAUCUGAGGAGGGUGCCCCAGAGCUGGAGGAGGUGCGAAAGCUGCAGGAGCUGGUGAGAAGGCUGGAGAUAGAGAGUCAGCACCCGCGAACAAAGAGCAGCAGGAGCAUGCUUGGGACAAACAUGCAGAGUGAGCUCCUCACUGGGAUGGGUAACCAUGACUCUGCUCUAAAUGGGAUGGAAAUUAAUAACAGCAUCAAUGUGAUAACUGAGAAGCAAGAAUUGCAAAUCAUGGCAGAUCUGCACAACCAAUUCAGCAAAAUAAGAAAAGAGGAAGGAGAGAACAACUGCUUAAAUAAAGACAGAGAUGCCCAAAUGCAAUCCACUUGUAACAGUGCCACUGAGGAAUUGUCUUCCAGCAUGCAUGAGGUGGAAAUGAAGACUGCUGAUAACAUUAGAUGUUCUUCACACCUGGGUCCAAGGAAUGGCACAGAGCUCACGGGAAAUGUGGUCAUCGCACCUAUUGGUUCCUCAGUUACAAUCAAUGAACAAAAUCCCGGUGGGAAAUGUGGAGAUGUAGAAAGUCUUCCAAGUAACACAGAUCUGGAUGAAGUGAAAGUGUUAGAACUUGAAAAUUGCAAUGAUGAAGAUGACAGCUGGCUCUAUGUGUCCCCGAGAAGACCCACAGAUCAGAAAACGAACUCUCCUUUAAAAUGGUGCCGGCAGCUGUUGGAUAAUCCCAGCCCCGAGACAGAAGCAGCCUGCAGAACUCUCAUAAACAGACUUGAUCAAGCCAGUAGAUGGAAAAACCUGUAUUGCAGCCCCCUGGCAUCGCCGAGCACACAUAACCUGAAUACAGAGCCAGGCUCCUGUAGCAAUGCACUAAACUCUCCCGGGCAUCUCAAAUCGACUAACAAAGCACUACUAACCUGUGGCAGCUCAGGUUAUCUGAGCAUGCAUUCUGCACUGAGCUCUCAGUCCUCUGUGGACAGUGAGCUGAGUACAUCUGACGACUCCAUCUCUAUGGGAUAUAAGCUGCAGGACAUGACGGAUGUCCAGGUCAUGGCACGCCUGCAGGAGGAAAGCCUGCGUCAGGACUGUGCCUCCAGCUCUGCCUCCGUGUCCCGCCGCAGCUCCAGUGCCUCCCUCCACUCUCUGCGCAGAGGCACCUACAGCGACCAGGAGUUCGACACCUACAGCCUCGAGGAUGAGGAUGACUAUGACUGUUCCCUGUCGUACCGUAGCGCUCACAGAUACUCCCCAUCUCCCCUCAGCUCCCCCCGGUGUCAGUCCCCUUCUUCCAGUGCAGAGUACAGCAGGUCAUCGACUUCCCGCAUCUGUCCCCCGCGGAGAUCUGUGCAGAGUCCCAUGCAGGACCGGCUCAAGUAUGCCAACAGCGAAGAGGAGCUGAGGCACAGCAUGCCCAACCUGGCCAGGACCAGCCUCCGGGCGCUGGAGUCCGUGCGGAGCAGCCGGAGCCUGGAGUCUGACCUGCAGGUGCCGAGCAGUCGCAUCCCCAGGACGCAGCAGCGCUCAGCAGGUCUGACUCCCAGUAAGCUCAGGUAUUCCUCCGGUGCUGGGCAGUCUCCCUUAACGGUGCGACAGCCCAUGAAAGCAGGGUCAUGCACAAACUCCCUGUUAACACCCAGGCAGCCAGUAAAGGCCUGCAGUUACACCAGUCCUGUGAGUGGAGUGCGAAAACCACAGGCACCCUCGCUUAGCACAGGCUCUUCCAGCAGCAGUUGCACUACCAGAAGCAGUAACAUGGUCACCGUGGCAAAAAAUUCCCCCAUGAAGGCACGUACCUCUGUUGGGGGGAUCUCAGUGGCCAAGAGCAAGGUGACACCGCCAUCCAAGAGGUUUCUUCAGUCAGCACAGACCACUCAAGCCACAGAGGAUGAUUCCUGGAAGGAUGGGUGUUACUGAGGACCCAAACUGUGACGUGCUGCCAAACCCCUGUGAAGCAGAGCCCCAGCUGGCUGGGCCAAAGGACCUUACUUGAAAGUAAAAUUCCAGCCCCAUCACCCUUGAGCCUGGUGUAUAUAGUUCCUCUCCUCUUGGACACAAAACUGUCCUCACCCUUAUUCUGCCAGGAGCCUGACCUCUCAGUGGUGCAACAGACAACUGAUAUUUUGGUGUUUCCACCAUUCAAAACAUUACUGCAAUACCAGUCUUCCCAUGAAGACCAGAAAUAGCCUUAUUUGAUAUCCACCUCUACUUGCAGCCCUUGGGAAGCCUUGUCUCAAAAACCUGCUCCAGAGGACACACAUUGGAGCAGGCUGGUGCCUGUUGUGUGUGUGCCAGCCAGCAGCUGGCAGGGCCUGGGACAGAUUAGAAAUAGCUGUAUAGAUGUUAGAAGAGUUUUUAACGUCACCCUGAUGUACUCUAAUCUUUGUCUGAAACCCAGCAGUUUCACUUUGGUUGGUUGGGGUUUUUUUUUUCACUUCUGUAUAGAAUGUAUUUCUGCUGUUUUUUAUUGUUUGUUCUAGAAGCUGAAUCAGGUUUUUAUAACUGUAGUACACUGAAGCUGUUGUGUCCCGGCGUGUGCAUCGCGGCGGCGAGCAGAGGAGCAGUACACAAUAUUUGUGUGGGGCAUGGCCAGGCCCUUGCAGGGACAGGGGAUGCAAUUUAACAAGUGCUGUUUAGCAGCAGCUUCCUCUCUCAGCUGAGGAAGUUUACAAACACCAGUUAAAGGUAAACUUUUUCAGAAUACCCUCCCUGACUUUGCAGUGUUCUUUUCUCAGCUGGUCCCUCACUGCUCACAUCUUUGUACGAGUUUUCUACCAUCUCUUAGGCAAUGAAGGAUUCUGUUUCAGUUUCCUUUUCCUCAGCAAGUGCUGGAUGCUAUGAAUACAGUCUUAGUACAAAAAGUAUGCACUGAUAGCAACGUUCUCCCUGCCAUCAAUGUGAUUUUGAUA